AUGGCGAGACAUGACAAUAUGACGCAUUCGCUGAUGCCAUACGAUCGGCGGCACGUCGUCCUUGCCACAGAACGCACUCCAUGCCGACCGAUAUCUCUCUCUCUUUCUCAUGUGCCGCGGAAGCUGGGGGCGAUCACCGGCCGAUCAGAUGAGAAGCAGAGCAUGCACCGAUCGAUCCAGGCGCUGGAAGAGACGCCGAAAAGUAAGCAUCGCGAGUGUUGUGGUGGUGGUGGCGGCGCGGUGAGCAAUGCCCGUGGCGGUGGCGCGGGCGUCGUCCGGCGUGUCGCACCGUCCUCGAUCGUGUUGGUAGCAGAGGAGCAGUGGUACCGUCGCCGGCCGGCAUGCCGUGUGCGACGUCGUGCUGCGAGUCUUGAUACAGCUGGCGCCCCACAUGCUCUCUUGCUUCCGGCUGCCGCGGCCGUUCGGCGGCGGCGGCGGCGGGGACGUGGACCAGCAGCAGGCCGCGGCGGUGUCUCCCCGUCGGGGCCCGUCGCUGCCGUUCGCGGCGAGCCUGUUCGCGGCGUCCCCGUCGACGUCCGGGCGCGGGAAGAGCCCGUGGCCGCCGCCGGAGGUGGACGACAUGGAGAAGAAGCGGUGGGACAGCAUGGAGUCGUGGUCCAUGCUGCUGGACACGGUGAUGGGCCCCGGCGGCGAGGACAGCCGCAGCGGGCGGCGGAGGAUUGGAUGGCCGACCUGUCGCAGCUCUUCAUCGGCAACAAGUUCGCGUCGGGCGCCAACAGCCGCAUCUACCGCGGCAUCUACAAGCAGCGCGCCGUGGCCGUGAAGAUGGUGCGCAUCCCGGAGCGCGACGAGGCCCGCCGCGCGGAGCUCGAGGAGCAGUUCAACUCCGAGGUCGCCUUCCUCUCCCGCCUCUACCACCCAAACAUCGUGCAGUUCAUCGCGGCGUGCAAGAAGCCGCCGACCAAGUGCCAGGCCACCAAGGGCAACAAGGGCACCUACCGGUGGAUGGCGCCGGAGAUGACCAAGGAGAAGCCCUACACACGCAAGGUGGACGUGUACAGCUUCGGCAUCGUGCUCUGGGAGCUCACCACCUGCCUGCUCCCGUUCCAGGGCAUGACGCCCGUGCAGGCCGCAUACGCCGCCUCAGAGAAGAACCUGCGCCCGCCGCUGUCGAGCUCGUGCCCGCCGGUGCUCAACAACCUGAUCAAGAAGUGCUGGUCGGCGAACCCGGCGCGGCGGCCGGAGUUCAGCUACAUUGUGUCGGUGCUGGAGAAGUACGACCACUGCGUGAAGGAGGGGAUGCCGGUGACGGCGCACCAGGAGCUCAGGCUCUGGCGCUCCUUCGCCAAGAUGUUCAGGAUGGGCUGCAUCACCAACAACUUGUCCAUACCGGUGCAUGCGUGA